GGAGCGCCAGGAUGUCCCAGCGCUUGGCCUCCCUUCUGCUCUUUGUCCUGGUCCUCCGCAGUACCCUGGCCCUGAGGCUCUGCUCCUUCAACGUCAGGUCCUUUGGGGAAAGCAAGAAAGAAAACAGCAAUGCCAUGGACGUCAUUGUAAAGGUCAUCAAGCGCUGUGACCUUAUCCUCCUCAUGGAAAUCAAGGACAGCAACAACAAGAUCUGCCCCAUGCUGAUGGAGAAGCUGAACGGAAAUUCAAGGAGUGUGACAUACAACUAUGAGAUUAGCUCUCGACUUGGGAGAAAUACAUAUAAAGAACAGUAUGCCUUUCUCUACAAAGAGAAGCUGGUGUCUGUCAAGGAGAAAUACCUCUACCACGACUACCAGGAUGGAGACAAGGACGUGUUUUCCCGGGAGCCUUUUGUGGUGUGGUUUCAGUCACCCUACACUGCUGUCAAGGACUUUGUGAUCGUCCCCUUGCACACGACUCCUGAGACCUCCGUUAAAGAGAUCGACGAGCUGGUUGAUGUCUACGUGGACGUGAAGCGCCGAUGGAAGGUGGAGAAUUUCAUUUUUAUGGGUGACUUCAAUGCUGGUUGCAGCUAUGUCCCCAAGAAGGCCUGGCAGAACAUCCGUUUGAGGACUGACCCCAAGUUUGUUUGGCUGAUUGGGGACCAAGAGGACACCACUGUCAAGAAGACCACCAACUGUGCCUACGACAGGAUUGUGCUUCGGGGACAAGAGAUUGUCAGUUCUGUGGUUCCAAAGUCAAAUGGUGUCUUUGACUUCCAGACCGCUUAUGACUUGACCGAGGAGGAGGCCCUGGACGUCAGUGACCACUUCCCAGUUGAAUUUAAACUACAGUCUUCAAGAGCCUUCAGCAACCGCAAAAAGUCUAUUGGCUUAAAGAGGAGAAGGAAAGGCAAUCGCUCCAAGAUAUGAGGGCACCAUUAUUUUUAAAGCCAUUCCUGGCCUCUAAAUAAAAUGGCUC